AUGAUAUUCGGUUUACAAUAUAUUUUUCUUUGGAUAGCAUGUUUGAGAUGUGUCUUUGGUGAAGAAAUCAGCAAUGUUGAAUUUUCAUCUUUAGAAUAUACACCUCUACAUGAUGUACUUUACCCUCAUUUAACUUGGUCUACAAGUUUAAAAUUUAACCUACCAGAUGCUUCUUUGAUUAAUGAAGGUGAUCACUUUACCCUUACCUUUUCUCGUGUCUAUCGUGCCAAGUUUGAUGGUAACAACAAUACAUUCUUUGUUUCCCUUGAUGAUGGUACAAAUUUAUUCCAAUGUCUUCCAACUCAACAAGCUGCCUACCUUUACAAUGAAACUGUCAUUAGUUGCUAUGCUUUAACUCCUUUGUAUGAUUAUCAAUCAUUAUCAGGUGUAAUUACAUUAGGUUUGUCUUUUAAUAACGGUGAUCGUCUUACUUCUAAUGCUUUAGAAAAUGCAAAGUUUUUCCAUAGUGGUGAAAUGGAUCUUCCAAUCCAUGAACAGUUAUCUGCUUCUAUCACUUUUGAAGCUGCCACAUUCAACGAUGUUAUUUAUGCAGUUUCUCGUACAACUACAUAUGACUCUUUGGAAUCUUACUUUUUAUCUAUGAAAUGUGAAAAUGGUUUCUUGGUCGGCGGUACUCAAGAAAUUAAUUUUGAUGUUAAUAAUGGUGGCUACACACUAGAUUGUUCUUCCAUACAAACCUACAUUUCAGAUAAGUAUAAUGAUUGGUGGUUCCCUACUGAUUAUGAAGAUUCUAAAGCUGAAGUAUACUGUUUUGGUAACAAUUUAUGGAUCACUAUGCCUCAAACUAAACCAAAUUUCACUCUUUGGGUAAAUGCUCUUCAAUAUGUCCCAGAAGGACAACAUAAUAUUCGUCAAGAAGUCAGUGUUGAAUAUACAUGUUCCAAUACUAUUGCCCAUACUCAAACUGUCCAACAAUUUAGUACAUUGAUUGAUCAUGUUAUUGAUGAAGGUAAACAAGGAGGUAUUAUAUCUGGUCAAACUAAAAUGCCAGUCACUACUACCACUACUACUACUGGCUGGACAGGUUCCUUUACAUCUACAUAUUCAACCGAAUCUACUUUCACCGUAGGUACUGACAGCAAAUCCACACCAGAAGUCGUGAUCCAUGUUGAAACUCCAAGCACCAAGAUCACUACUACUACUACUACUGGCUGGACAGGUUCCUUUACAUCUACAUAUUCAACCGAAUCUACUUUCACCGUUGGUACUGACAGCAAAUCCACACCAGAAGUCGUGAUCCAUGUUGAAACUCCAAGCACCAAG